GCUCCGAGCCGCCGUUGUAUUGUGGGAUCGCGGCGCCGUUCCUGAGACGCUCGGAUCCGCAGGGGAGCCCACUCGAGAGCGCCUCCUGUCGUCCGUAAGGCUGCCCUGCUAUUCCUCGGCACCCCAACUCCCCCGCCCCCCCAUCGCCUCCUCCUCCAUCCUCCAGUUCAAAAUGGCGACGGCGGCGGCAGCGGCGGCGGCGAUGGCUCCUCCGGGCUGCCCGGGUUCGUGCCCCAACUUCGCCGUAGUCUGCUCCUUUUUGGAGCGCUAUGGGCCGCUGCUAGACCUGCCUGAGUUGCCGUUCCCCGAGCUGGAGCGGGUGUUGCAGGCGCCGCCGGCGGACAUCGGCAACGGAGAAGUUCCAAAAGAAUUGGUGGAGCUCCAUUUGAAGUUGAUGAGGAAAAUUGGAAAAUCUGUUACAGCAGACAGAUGGGAAAAAUACUUGAUCAAGAUAUGCCAGGAGUUUAACAGCACCUGGGCAUGGGAGAUGGAGAAGAAGGGGUAUCUUGAAAUGAGUGUUGAAUGUAAACUAGCACUCUUAAAGUAUCUUUGCGAGUGUCAGUUUGAUGACAAUCUUAAAUUCAAGAAUAUUAUUAAUGAGGAGGAUGCUGAUACUAUGCGUCUCCAGCCAAUUGGGCGAGACAAAGAUGGCCUUAUGUACUGGUCGUUGGAUCAAGAUCAUAAUGUCAGAAUGUACAUAGAAGAACAAGAUGAUCAAGAUGGCUCUUCAUGGAAAUGCAUUGUCAGAAAUCGAAACGAGUUGGCUGAGACUCUUGCACUCCUGAAAGCACAAAUUGAUCCUGUACUAUUGAAAAACUCUAGCCAACAGGACAAUUCUUCCCGGGAAAGUCCUACCUUAGAGGAUGAGGAGACUAAAAAAGAGGAAGAAACACCUAAACAAGAGGAACAGAAGGAAAAUGAAAAAAAAGGUGAAGCGCGGCUAGUAGAUUCAGUAAAUUGUUCUACACCCAGUGUUCUAGAAGAGACUACUAUGAAAAUUGAAAAAGAAGAUCAAAAGGAACUUGUGAAACUGCCAGUCAUAGUGAAGCUAGAAAAACCAUUGCCAGAAAGUGAGGAAAAAAAGAUUAUCAAAGAAGAAAGUGAUUCUUUCAAGGAAAAUGUCAAACCCAUUAAAGUUGAAGUGAAGGAAUCCAGAGGAGAUCCCAAAGAUGUCAAAGGUAGCAUGGAGAAACUGGGAGUACAGGAGCCUGAGAGGCUAGAAUUUAGUGGCAAUAUCAGAUCUUCUCAAGAAAUUACUGAGAAAUCUACUGAAGAAACUGAGAAACUUAAAAAUGACCAACAAGCCAAGAUUCCACUAAAAAAACGAGAAAUUAAACUGAGUGAUGAUUUUGACAGUCCAGUCAAAGGACCUUUAUGUAAAUCAGUUACUCCAACAAAAGAGUUUUUAAAAGAUGAAGUAAAACAAGAAGAAGAGACUUGUAAAAGGAUCUCUACCAUCACUACCUUGAGUCAUGAAGGGAAACUAAUGGUAAAUGGAGAAGUUGGUGAUGAAAAAGUAACUCCAAAUUUGAAGACAGAACAAAUGACAAAGUUUUAUGAUACAAAGGAAGAUGUCUACAACAGCCCUUCUAAGGACAGAAGUGUCAUCAUGGAGGGAAAUGGAGCAGAGUGCUUAAAUUCUGUCAUAACAAGUUUGAAAAUAAAUGAGCUUGAGAAAGAAAUUCUUCUAGGGAAAGUUGCAGAUAGUUCAGUCUCAGUCUUAGAGACCCACAGUCAAAAAGGGCAGUUAGAGGAACCUGGUCCUCCAGAAAUGGAAACUUCUCUUGAAUCUUCUGAGAUAGUAAAGGAUUUCUCUUUAAAAACUGCUUUAUCUGUCACUGAGUCCUGUACCAUGAAAGUUGAAGAGAAGCCCCCCAAAAGUAAGAAGGAUAACAGUUCACCAGUCCUAGAAUGUCUUGAAAAGUUAGAGAAGUCCAGAAAGGCUUUUCUUGAUAAAGACACACCAAGAUUGAGUCCAAUACCUGAAGAAGUUCCAAAGAGUACUCUAGAAUCAGAAACACCAGAUCCUCCUGAAGCAGCUGAAACUUUCCCACCAACUAAAAUGACUGGCCACUGUGAGAAACUAGACUUAGAAAAAGAAGGGGUAGAGUGUCAGAGUACAAGUUCUUUUGAAGGUCAGUUCCUAGAAAAAGCAGACCCAGAAAUUCUAAAAAGGGAUUCUGAGUCCACGAAGAUAGAAAUGGAUAAUGUGGACAAUGUCCAGACCUCUGGCAUAGAGGACCCUUCUGAAACAAAGGGUUCUGUGCAAAAAAGCAAAUUUAAAUAUAAGUUGGUUCCUGAAGAAGAAACCACUGCCUCAGAAAAUACAGAAAUAACUUCUGAAAGGCAGAAAGAAGGCAUCAAAUUAACAAUUAGGAUAUCUAGUCGGAAGAAGAAGCCAGAUUGUCCUGCCCAAACUCCAGAACCAGAAAGUAAGCAAGAGAAGACAGAAAAGGAAGAAGAGAAAACAAAUGUGGGCCGUACUUUAAGGAGGUCUCCAAGAAUAUCUAGACCUACAGCAAAAGUGGCUGAAAUCAGAGAUCAGAAAGCUGAUAAAAAACGAGGGGAAGGAGAAGAUGAAGUGGAAGAAGAAUCAGCAGCCUUGCAAAAAACAGACAAAAAAGAAAAUUCAAAAAAACUGGAGAAGGAUACAAAUUCUAAAGGAAGCAAGGUAAAACCCAAAGGCAAAGUUCGGUGGACUGGUUCUCGAACACGAGGCAGGUGGAAAUAUUCCAGCAAUGAUGAAAGUGAUGGGUCUGACAGUGAAAACUCAUCUGCAGCUUCAGAAGAGGAAGAAAAAGAAAGUGAAGAAGCCAUCAUAGCAGACGAUGAUGAACCAUGCAAAAAAUGUGGCCUUCCAAAUCAUCCUGAACUAAUUCUUCUGUGUGAUUCUUGUGACAGUGGAUACCAUACCGCCUGCCUCCGCCCUCCUUUGAUGAUCAUCCCUGAUGGAGAAUGGUUCUGCCCCCCUUGCCAACAUAAACUGCUGUGUGAAAAAUUAGAGGAACGUUUGCAAGAUUUGGAUGUUGCCUUAAAGAAAAAGGAGCGUGCUGAAAGAAGGAAAGAACGCUUGGUAUAUGUGGGUAUCAGUAUUGAAAACAUCAUUCCUCCACAAGAGCCAGAUUUUUCUGAAGAUCAAGAAGAAAAGAAAAAAGAUUCAAAAAAAUCAAAAGCAAACUUGCUUGAAAGGAGGUCAACAAGAACACGGAAAUGUAUAAGUUACAGAUUUGAUGAAUUUGAUGAAGCAAUUGAUGAAGCUAUAGAAGAUGAUAUCAAAGAGGCUGAUGGAGGAGGAGUUGGCCGGGGAAAAGAUAUCUCCACCAUCACAGGUCACCGUGGAAAAGAUAUCUCUACUAUUUUAGAUGAAGAAAGAAAGGAAAAUAAACGACCCCAAAGGGCAGCUGCUGCUCGACGAAAGAAACGCCGGCGACUAAAUGAUUUGGACAGUGAUAGCAACCUGGAUGAAGAAGAGAGUGAAGAUGAAUUCAAGAUCAGUGAUGGAUCUCAAGAUGAAUUUGUUGUAUCUGACGAAAACCCAGAUGAAAGUGAAGAAGAUCCACCAUCUAAUGAUGACAGCGACACCGAUUUCUGUAGUCGUAGAUUGAGGCGACACCCUUCCCGGCCAAUGAGGCAAAGCAGGCGUUUACGAAGAAAGACCCCAAAGAAAAAGUACUCUGAUGACGAUGAAGAGGAGGAAUCUGAAGAUAAUAGUAGAGACUCUGAAAGUGACUUUAGCGAUGAUUUUAGUGAUGAUUUUGUAGAAACUCGGCGAAGGCGGUCAAGGAGGAACCAAAAAAGACAAAUUAACUAUAAAGAAGAUUCAGAAAGUGAUGGUUCCCAAAAGAGUUUAAGACGGGGCAAAGAAAUAAGGCGUGUUCACAAGCGCAGACUUUCCAGCUCAGAGAGUGAAGAGAGCUAUAUGUCCAAGAACUCUGAAGAUGAUGAGCUAGCUAAAGAAUCAAAGCGGUCAGUUCGGAAACGGGGCCGAAGCACAGAUGAGUAUUCAGAAGCAGAUGAAGAGGAGGAAGAGGAAGGCAAACCAUCCCGCAAACGACUACAUCGAAUUGAGACAGACGAGGAGAGCUGUGACAAUACUCAUGGAGAUGCAGAUCAGCGUGCCCAUGACAGUCAGCCUAGGGUCCUGCCCUCGGAACAGGAGAGCACCAAGAAGCCCUACCGGAUAGAAAGCGAUGAGGAAGAGGACUUUGAAAAUGUAGGCAAAGUGGGGAGCCCAUUGGACUAUAGUUUAGUGGACUUACCUUCCACCAAUGGACAGAGUCCUGGCAAAGCCAUUGAGAACUUGAUUGGCAAGCCAGCUGAGAAGCCUCAGACCCCCAAGGACAGCAGCACAGCCAGUGCGAGCCUAGCCCCCAAUGGGACGAGUGGUGGGCAAGAGGCAGGGGCACCAGAGGAGGAAGAAGAUGAGCUUUUGAGAGUGACUGACCUUGUUGAUUAUGUCUGUAACAGUGAACAGUUAUAAGACUUUUUUUUCCAUUUUUGUGCUAAUUUAUUCCACGGUAGCUCUCACACCAGCGGGCCAGUUAUUAAAAGCUGUUUAAUUUUUCCUAGAAAACUCCACUACAGAAUGACUUUUUAGAAGAAAAAAUUUCAUCAAACCCUGAAGUCUUUCUGUGAAGUGACCAGAUUUGAACUUUGAAGAUAAAUAAUUGCUGUAAAUUUCUUUUGAUUUUCUUUUUCCAAGUUCAUGGUCCUUGGUAAUUUCAUUCAUGGAAAAAAUCUUAUUAUAAUAACAACAAAGAUUUGUAUAUUUUUGCCUUUAUAUUUCCUGAGCUCUCCUGACUUUGUGAAAAGGGUGGAUAAGAAUGCAUUCCAAAUCUAUGAGGGCCCAAAGCAGAAUUUAGGGGUGGGAGAAAGCACUUGUGCUUUAGCUUUUUCAUAUUAAAUAUAUAUUAUAUUUAAACAUUCAUGGCAUAGAUGAUGAUUAACAGACCUUUUAAAAGUUCAACUCUGUUCUGUUGCAGUUUGAGAAAUGUAGAUAACAUCAUACAUAAAUCAUUUAGUAAUAGCCUUCAUAAAAUCAACUUGUUUACUAUUGGAGUUACCACACUUAAAGAAGAGACCGUGAAAGUACCAUCAUAAAACAAAAACAAAAAAACAAAAACAAAAUAACUUUUCCCUGUUUCUGUUAUAGCGGAGUUUCUUGUUUUAAAAAAGCAAAAUCAUCUGAAAAGCAUUUGCACAGUAAAAUGUAUAAUGAAGCUUUGACAACCAGAUUGUGCUAGCAAGAUUUUUUUUAAAAAUAGCUUUAUCUAUUGGUAAUAAGGUGGCCUCUAACUAUGUCUCAUGGAGAUUUAGUGAAAUAUGUGUGGUCUUUCCUAUGACUCAGCUGGACUAUAAACUUCUUUUUCAAUAGUGUAACUCCUGUCCUCCGGCCACUUGAUCAUUUUAAAUUUCUGAAAUGUCAUUUUGAAAGAAAUAUAUCUAUAUGUAACACAAGUGAAGAGAUGCUAAGCUGACAAUGGUAUUUUAGCACAUUUGAAGAGUAGAAAAGGAUUUUCAGGUGAAUUUUAACUGGUCUAUUCUUGCCCUUAGUAUCUACUUCAAAUUGAAGUCUACAAACAAAGCAGUUCCUUUGGGAGGUUUUUGAGUUUUGGCUUAUGUGUGUGUGUGUGUGUGUGUGUGUGUGUGUGUGUGUGCCCACCUGUGCGUGUGUUUGGAAUUCCUAUCUGCCUGGAUAUAUUAGCAGGUUUGAAUGUAGUUUUGGCCUUUGGCCUUUAGACUUAUAUUAAAAUUCAUUAAUAGUCACACAGCCAACAUAGAGUUGAUUGAGAACCGCCAUAUACCUAACAGGCAUGGUAUCCAUUUUAAACAUCUCAACACUUUGUAAAGAAAGACAAACCCUUUGUUUCAAGAAAAGGCCGUGUAUAACUAAAUAACAUAAUUGACACUAAAAUAUGAAUUUUAUCUUAUUUAGUCUCUGUUACAGCUGUAAAUUUUCAGGCAGAGCCCUAACAUUGUAUAGAAUGUAGCACUUGUGAUUAAACUUUGCUGUCACAUUCUGAAACCUUCAACCAUUACAUCUGUGAGUACUCAUGCCCUGGGUUUGGGUUUUUAUGUUCCAGUGUUGUGUCUGUUGCCGGCAAUGGACACAUCAUAUCUGCUGCUGGCCCGUGGAACUUCAGUUUUCUUUCCAAGUUAAGCACUAAUGUGCUAGUCAGUGUAUAGUAAAGCACUUCUCUUUUUUAUUACUAAAAGCUGGCAUAGACUUGCAUUACAAAUACCUCUCUAGAAACUUUGUACUUCUACUUUUCCUCCCUCAACAGGUGUUUCCCUUAAAUCUUAUCUUUUGGCCUUGAAAGUUUAUAGCUGUUCCUUUUCAGUUGUUGGGGUUUUUUUCACCUUAGUUCUAUAGUAGCUACCCAUUAAUAUUUCUGCCUUGCUUCUAGCAAUGUAUAUGUAACUGUAUAAAAAAUAAAAUAAUGAAAGCAGCCUAAAAAUAGGAUGCAACAAUAGCAUGUGGUUCCAAGUAAGUUGUGAUUUUUAUUUUGAGACAAUGUUCCACUGGAAGGGAGGGAAUAGCUUACAUUCCCAGGUAGUAAGGCAGGGCUAAAAUGGAGCCACAUUCACUUGCAAAGCCUCUUUUCUAGCUAAGUUUGUUUUAUUUAUUUGAAAGUUAGCUAACAAGUUUAAUCUUUUUAACUAUCUAAAGCAGGCAGGCAGAAAAUUCCUACUAGUGGUGCAAGGUAAGUGGUUUGAACCUAUAGAUGGCCUUUCCUGCUACCCAGUCACCUACUGUUUUAGUCCUGCAGCCAGGUAAAGCCACUAUGAUGUAGAAACUCUCCCAUGUGCCCUGUCUCUACCUCCUACCUAUUAGUUCUACUUCUCAGUUAAGCAGAUGAUCAGUAGUAUUAAUGGGUAGAUAAUCUAACAGGAUGUCUAUUGUGAAAUAAGGAAUUUCUAUAAUGAAAGCCAAAGGUAAUUUUUAUAGUAAAGACUGAGUAUUCCACUUAGCAAAUGUCCCACUGACAUAGGUUAUAAAACCACUUGUACUGCCUGAUACUUACCAAACCUGAACACGUGUGUCAACUUGAUGCUGAGUGUCUCCUUUCUAACCUUAUAUUCUGAUUAGUUAUGGUUCAUCUACCAAGAAUGUAAUCUAGGCAGCUAAUAAACAAAUUAUUACUAUGCAGACUGGUUAGAGAUUAAAUUUUGAAUAGUUGCUCUGCUUGGCUUUGGGGUUGUUUUGCUUUUGUUUUUUUGCAGUACUGAGGAUUAAACCCAGGGCCUCAUGUGUGUUCCACCACUGAGCUAAGUUCCCAGCCCUGCCUCAUGUUUAGAUUCAAUCCCUCAGAAAUAUUUACUCUACAGGUACUCUGAAGAAGUUUCUUAAAAUUUUUAGGAAAAAGUGUUUUAUAAAAAACACAAUAUAGUAACUGGAGAAAAUAAAAGAAACUAGUAAUUUUUAUAGUAUGAACCAUCUUAGAUCAUUGUUAAAGCACUAUCCAUGGAUUGGAUUCACAAUAGCUACUAUAUCAUAAGCCCUUUAAUAAUUUAAGACCCUAACUUUUUCGAAAUACAAAUUGGGCUCCCAAUAUCAAACCCUGGUCUAUGGAAAAUGUGUUAAGAGGACAUUAGUAUUCAGAAGGUUUGGUUUACAAUUUCUGCAAAGGUUUGGAAACUAGCCAAGUUUUCAGUGUAGAAACUUUGAGUUGAAAAACUAUGAAAAGGACAGAGACUGGUUUUACAACAUUUAUGCUGAUAAAAUAGUGUUUGGUGUAAAAACAAUGUCCAUUGUUGGCACAUUACUGCAAAACGAUGGCAGAUAUUUUAAAGAAAAUACAUGAUACAUUAAGGUUGGAUUUCCUUGAUACUUGUUUUCAUUUGCUCAAGGCUGCAGAUUUAGAGGAGUUUUGUUGAGAACAAAUUUGAGUUUAUUGGUAAUCCAUUAAGAAAAAGUGAUCUGCCAAAAACUUGAAUGCUAAAGUGGGGUUGAUGGAAUUUCCUUUAUCACAAGGAGUGCCUGUAUAUCUUCUAUUUGUGGUCAUAAGGGAUGUUGACCAUUCACCUCUGUGGUAAAACUAUUUUGUUCUACCAUAAAAGGGUAGAGAAUGUAAUGAAUCUACAGGUUUAAUGUUCAGAAAAAGUUGUGAACUCCAUUCUUUACGGCACAGUGGACCAGGACCUUAAUUCAAGGUGUUGUUUCACAGCUUUAGAGCAUAGUAUUCAGAUCCAGAUCUUUUUUCAGAUGGAAAGUGUGUGUAUAUAUAUAUAUGACAUACAUAUAUGUCAUAUAUACACACAGUCAAUUGGGGUAAGUAUUAGAAUAAUGUAUCUAUCAUUGACUUAUAAAGAGAAAUAAGGCAAGUAAUGGCAUUGCAACUGAUAUCAAAUUAUGAACAUCAUUUAAUUACAGAGAGUCUAGAGAACAAUAGUUUCUCUCGUUGGUUUGACAUUCACAAAAUAUAUUCCUGGUUCUCCAAGAAGCAGAGAAUGCCAAGACUGCAUAUCUGCUGUAACAUAUACCUAGUCCUCAUCUGCUUAAUAUGAUCCAUUAUUAAACUCUUUUUAAAUAAAGUCAAUUCCUAUUUUAUUUACCAUUCCCAGUGUGUACCCGUAAACCUACCUUGGAAACGGCAAACUAACUAACUGCUGAUUUUUUUUUCAUUGUUUCUAUACCAUUCUUGAAGAGGGUCUUUUGUUAUCAAUGUAUUUAAACUGGGUUGUUUUAUGUUCACUUAAUGAUUUUUUUCAAUAUUUCACUUCAACUUAAAAUUAUUUAACAUUUUUAAGUGCCAAGAAUUGCUAAGUAACUGUGUAACACAUUGAAGAUAGAGUCAUUUCCAAGUAAAUAGUCAUAAGCCAAAAUAUAGUAGGAUUAGUAUAUAACUACUUUAGAUUGUACACCCAACACUUAUUUUAUACAUACAAACCCUCUCAGAAGUUGAUUAAAAUAGGAUCCCCUAAAAGGGUGAAUUUUUUCCCCUCAUUUUGGUCCUGUAAGCUCUGGGUUUUGUUGUUGUUGUUGUUCAGUUUUUUGCUUUGCUUUUAUUUCAUAUUUAUACCACUUUGCUCUGGGAAAUACUGUAAACCCAAUUCUGGCACAGUAUAGUGGUUUCAAUUAAUGAAAAUGUUAUUUCUAUUAUAACUUUUAAGAUAAGUCUAUCCUAUACAUAAGUUAUAUGAGAGGGUACAACAAAUUAGUAGAUAAGUAGAAAUUUAUUAAACUCUAGACAUUUGGAAUGAAACAGUUUUUAAAGGAACUACAUUUGCAUUUUUUGCCAAACUGGUACAAGCUAGAGAAAGUGCUAAGGACUGAAUAACCUGCCUUCUUUUUGCCACUGGAUGAUGUAAGUUAAGAAUGGAAUUGUUAACCCUAACUUUUUAUUUUCUUGACUUUCAUCAGCUUCUAAAGGAAUCUAAUUUAAGUGUUUUGGGAUUUUGUUUGAUCUGUAUUUAUUGAGUUCUGGUCAGAGACCAGGGGCCUGCAUGUCAUGUUUAUGGACAACCAGAACAUAGUCAUUGGGGAACUUAAUGGCUCAAGACCUUCUGAAUCGUUUAACUUAUUUUGUAUGUUGCAAAAAAACAAACAAACAAAACUUUAUUUUGCUUGAGAGUCACAUUUUUUUAUAACUGUACAGCUUUUAAGGGAUGGGAGGUGGGAAAAUACCCUAAAAUAGGAUGUAGAUUUUUACAAUUGUGUUUAUGCUAGAACACCUACAGGUGCAUUAUGUAAUUAAACCUCAAAUUGUUUAAAAAAUUGUGCCAUGGUCUUUUUCAUUCUACUGCCCAUUAGCAGAGUUGAUGCAUGUCAAUACUGCUAUUAUGGACAAACCUUGAAAUUAAACUAAAACCACUGUCUCCAAAGCUUUAAGAUCAUUGCAUGAAAAUUAUACCCAUACAUACAAGUAGACACAUACAUAUACAAAAAGAUCUAGUUAAUAUUAGUGUAAAUGGACUUUCAGGAUCAGAACAGCUAUAAUAGCCCACAUUUGGCAGUUAACAGCAUAUUGUUUCCAUGCAUGAUUUUUGUGAUGCCUACUAGGGUAUUCUCAAUGUUGGUCUGGUGUUUUGUUCUCUUAUCAAAGUAGUUUCUUGAUCACUGUAUCUGAAUGAUAGCUUGCCCAAAACUGCCAUGAGGUUUUAUGUACACUUUGAAAGUGGGUAUCCUGUGCUGAGAUGGGGGCAGGGAGAUAAGGCUUGAUUUCUCUGUAAAAGAAGGAAAAACUAGAAUUGGUCAAUUUGGUUAUUCAGUAGACUUAAUUCCACAGGAAUAUUUGCUGAAUCAUGGCAGGAUGGGAAAUUUAAGAUUCAAAUUUCAAUUCCCUCCUUAUUUGAUAAAUAUUUUUGAAAUCUUGUAAACUGCUGAUUCUAGCACAGUCUUUUUACAUGGCACAUUUUACCAUGUUUUACUGAUACCUUUUAAAAAUGCCAGUACUUUUUGCCACAUAAUUUUACCAUUCUAAUUAUUCACCUUUGUAGCACAACUGCAUUCUUGUAAAGAAUUAAAAUAAUCUAAAUGUGUCCUAAUUUUUGAGCUACCUUCAUCUAUUGUCAGCUAAUGUGGGAAAUCAGUUUCUUUGCUAUCCUUAACCAUUCAGAAGACUGGGGACCAUGAAUUUCCAUGUGAAGAAUACAAAUUCCAGAUAAGAAUUUAUAAAUUGUCUAUUUUAGAAUUUCACUUUGAUUUUAAAGUAGUAAGUGGAAUUCAAGAAGUGUUUGGUCAGAAUGCCUCUUGGAUUUUCAGACAUGCUUAAAUAUGAAAUGCUUUAUUUUCCUAUGCAUAAAAAACUUAUUUCUGGAAUAGGUUCUCAGAAUAUUUUGUUUCUAGAUGAGAGCUAAAGCAGAAGCUCCAAGAUUAGCAUAAAACUAACUCUUGAGGUAAUUAGAACUGUGAUGUUAGUCAAAUAGAAGAUGGAGUGCCCUGUCACAUAAUAAUGUACUGCAUGUGUGAGGGAGGGGGGAAGAGAUCUAAAAACUGGAAAUGUGAUUCUAAUAACACGAAGUAAAUUUUGUGCAUAAAAAAUAUGGGAAUUCCUGAUAGCUUAAAAGCUUCAGAAGUUAACUGCAGUGUAUGAACACCUAGUGUGUUAGAAUUGCAGUGCAUAGUUGUUCAAAUACAAUAUUCCUUGUGACAACCAAAAUAUGUUGUGGCUGGUGCCAAUAUUUUUGUUAAUGAAAUGUUCAUGUCUCACUACAGUCUGAUCAGAACUCUUUAGUGUUAUAAGCCAGGCCUAAAGCCAUUUUAUAGCUAUUGGCCUAAUUGUGUAAUUUUUUUCUUUCAUAAUGUUUUAUUAUAAUACUUCUGUCAUUUCUUUCACUUAAUAUAUGUCAAUUAUCAUAAUAAAAAAUUUAAAUAAUUUGAUGUACUUAG